AUGGCAGUGAUGAAUCUCGCUUUCUUCUUCUUCUUCUUCACUCUUUUUACUCUUCUUGGAGCUUACCAUGCUCGUCAUUUACAUGAUGGAUGUGUAUACCAUAGCUUUAAUGGACGACCACCUGCUAAGACGUCGGAGAUAAUUCAGAUGGUAACCGGUGAAGAAGAACCCCAGUCACCACCACCUCCUCCACUUUCAUCGUUACAGGAACAGACCACUUACAGCCGAGAUAACCCAAAUGCACCACCGUCGCAAGGCCAGACUGUUUAUGGACGAGACAGUCUGGAAGGACGCCCUUCACCUAAAAUACCACCGUCUGAUGGCCAAACGAUUUACGGUGGAGAUAACCCAGAAGCAAGAUUACCGUCGGAAGGCCAGACUGUAUACGGCGGAGACAAACUGGAAGGAUCACCUUCACCUACAGGACCAUCGCCUGAAGGCCAGACAAAUCAUGGUAGAGAUAACCCAAAAGCACCACCGCCACCAAAAGUAGCACCAUCUCGGGGUCAAUCGACUUACGGCGGAGAGAAUCCAAACUCAAACAGUCCGACCAUAUAUGGUGGAGCCGGAGUAGCCAAGAAGAGGCUAGCAGAUUUUCUAGCUCAAAUAAUUCCGUCAUACGAUGAGAUUGUAUACGGCCGGGAUUAUUUAAACGCUCGGCCAUCACCUAAAGGAGGACCGAGUGAGGGUGACGCGGUUUACAGUAGAGAUAACCCGAAAGCCCCACCACCACCGGUAGCGCCGUGUCGGGGAGCUCCGCCGUCAUUAAAACCAGAUAGUGCAAAGGAGUACUGGUCAACAUACGGUCGUGAUGACCCAACAGCACCACCGAUUCCGGACCCAAAUGAUCCAGAAAACCAAGGAAUGUAUGGUAGAGUUGCCCCGAGUGUACCAACCCCUCCACAACCAGCUGACCCAACACGGCCGAUGUUAGUCGAUGGCGGGAGGCGGGAGGAAUGA